AUGGCAAUUGAAAAAGUAUAUGCACGUCAAGUCUUCGACUCAAGAGGCGGUCCAACCGUUGAAGUUGUUAUCACUGCUGGUGGCAAACAGGCUACUGCUAUUGUCCCAUCCGGUGCUUCAACUGGUGUUUACGAAGCCAAUGAACUCCGUGAUGGCGGUGAUGCUUACAACGGAAAGGGUGUAACCAAGGCAGUUAGCAACGUCAACGACAUUAUUGCCCCAGAGCUUGUAAAGGCAAACAUUGACGCAGCCAACCAAAAUCAAGUUGAUGAAUUUCUUCUUAAGCUUGAUGGUACUCAAAACAAGAACAAGCUCGGUGCUAACGCCAUCCUCGGUGUUUCAAUGGCUGCUGCAUCAGCUGCUGCUCUUGAGAAGGGUGUUCCACUUUACAAGCACCUCGCUACACUCACUGGUGUUAAGGCUCCAUUCGUUCUCCCAACUCCAGCAUUCAACGUUAUCAACGGUGGAUCACACGCUGGUAACGCUCUUGCUUUCCAAGAGUUCAUGAUACUCCCAACUGGCGCUAGCUCAUUCACUGAAGCAAUGAGAAUUGGCUCAGAAGCAUACCAAUCACUUAAGAAGGUUAUCAAGGCUAAAUACGGUAUUGAUGCUACCAACGUUGGUGAUGAAGGUGGAUUCGCACCAAAUGUUAAUGGUGCUGAUGAAGCACUUGACUUGCUCGUUACUGCUAUUGACAAAGCAGGUUACACUGGUAAGGUUUCAAUUGCACUUGAUGUUGCUUCAUCAGAAUUCUACAAGGAGGGCAAAUAUGACUUGGAUUUCAAGAACGACAACUCAGACAAGUCUAAAUGGUUAUCAGGUAAGGAACUUGCAGACCUUUACCUUGGAUACGUACAGAAAUACCCAAUUGUUUCAAUUGAAGAUCCAUUUGACCAAGAUGACUGGGAAGCAUGGUCACACUUUACUCAAAACUCACCAAUUCAAAUUGUUGGAGAUGAUUUAACAGUUACAAACCCACUUCGUAUCAAGACAGCAGUAGAAAAGAAGGCAUGUAACGGAUUACUCCUUAAGGUAAACCAAAUUGGUACCGUUUCAGAGUCAAUUGAAGCAGCACAACUCUCACAAAGCUCUGGAUGGGGUGUAAUGGUUUCACACCGUUCAGGUGAAACCGAAGACACAUUCAUUGCAGACCUUGUUGUUGCACUUCAAACAGGACAAAUCAAGUCAGGUGCACCAUGUCGUACAGAGCGUCUUGCCAAGUACAACCGUUUACUCAGAAUCGAAGAUGAGAUUGCUCAAGAGAGUGGAAAGGUUGUUUACGGUGGUGAAGAUGGAUUAGCACGUGGAACAACAGCACCAAAGCUUAACGCUUAA